CACCACCACCACCUGCAAGCAACCAACCAACCACCACCCGCUCGCUCGCCGACCGCCACCGGCGACCCAAUCACCCCUCGCCGCCGCCGCCGGAGAAGGAGGAGGAGGGAGGGAGCAGCCGGCAGCGGGGAGGGGGCGCGCUGCGCCGUUGAUGAGAUGAAGGAGGUGGUGCUCCACGUGUACGACGUGACGAACAGCGACUCGGAGAAGACGAACAACACCAUCCUCCAGAUCAACCGCAUCUUCAAGGACCGGAUCGGCCUCGGCGGCAUCUUCCACAGCGCCGUCCAGGUUCGCCUCCGCGCGGCCUCCCAGAUCCCCCCUAGUGCGCAGGUCUAUGGCGAGGAGGAGUGGUCGUUCGGGUUCUGCGAGAACGGCAGCGGCGUCUUCAGCUGCCCCAUCGGGAAGAACCCCAUGUACACCUACCGCGAGUGCAUCGUCCUCGGGGAGACCGAGUGCUCCAUCGCCACCGUGAACCGGAUCCUGCGGGAGCUCAGCCGCGAGUGGCCGGGACACUCCUACGACCUCCUCUCCAGGAACUGCAACCACUUCUGCGACGUGCUCUGCGAGAGGCUCGCCGUCCCCAAGCUCCCAGGCUGGGUUAAUCGUUUUGCCAAUGCUGGUGAUACCGCUGUGGUAGUUGCUGAGAACACAGCAGUUAAGUUCAGACAGGCUAAAACAGAAAUAGUCAAUGCCAGUAGAGUAGCAUACAGAUUUAUGGCAGGCCUGGCAUCGAAAAAUCAAAACCCACAACCAGAGUCCCCAAGUAACCAAAGCAGAAAUGGCCCAACUUUCCAGGGGACUUGGUUCAAGAACAUCAUUUCGAAUGGCGCAAAGCCUUCCUCAAGCGAAUCAACUUCAUCGCAUGACACUGGUACUGGUGGUGAUGAAUCCUCUUUGCAGAAUCAAAAACCGUCGGAGCAGUCAACACGGUUGUAGCCGCUGCCACCAGUUAUCACCUGUUGAAUUGAAUCUGUAGUGUAACAGUAGCCAGCAUUUGUUAAAAAUACAUGGCAUGUUUAUUCACGCAUGAAUCUCUUGUAUCUCUGCGUUGUCUUGCAACGGGAAACAUGAAAUGUUAAAACACGUCAUCCAAAGCUUGACAGUUUUGUGGUUCUUUUCUGUCACUCAUGUGGCGGUUUUGGUUGAUAGCCUGAUAGUUUUUGUGGUUCUUUA